ACUGGGGCUGGACCGCGCUCGAUCCCCGGCUUCGGCUUGCUCGCGGACGAGUUCCCCGCGCCCGCGCUGAAGCUGUGGACGCUUCCGGGCGCGGAGGGCGGGGCGGGGCGGGCCUACGCGUGGUUCGAUGAGGCGCGUGGGAUACGCGUCCCGCUGCGGCCGACUGGCGGGAACAUCGACACGAGGCACGUCACGGCCGGCGCGACGCUCUUCCUGCCCGUGGAGGUCGAGGGCGCGCUGUUCUCCAUCGGGGAUGGGCAUGCCGCGCAGGGCGAUGGAGAGGUCUGUGGCACGGCGAUCGAAACGCCCAUGAAGGUCACGGUGCGCCUGACGGUCGUGCAGGACACGCCGUAUGUCCAGACACCGCACUUCGCCACGCCGUCCGCCGGCAGCCCUGCAGACAGCGGCGGAUGCUACUGCACCACCGGCGUCGAUCCUGAUAUCCGCGAGGCGACGCGUGCGGCGGUGCGCGGCAUGAUCGCGUACUUAGGCGCGACGCACGGGCUUAGCAGGACAGAUGCGUAUAUGCUGUGCAGCGUCGCGGGCGAUCUGCGGAUGCACGAGGUGGUGCCGAGCCACGGGCGUCUAUUUGCGCGAGCUGGAGGUGGUGCGAGUGUCCAAGCAAGAUGA